CAUGGAUACCACCACGAAAAUGUCCAGCUUUGGCCAAGUUUCCUCCCAAACUCAGUAUCUUCUCUCGGUAAUGCUUUCCGAUCAUAAAUUUACGAAGAAUUACAUUUCAGAAAAUCAAAAAAGGUUGAAACAACGACAGAGAAUGCUUGUUUCCGGGCUAGAGGUAGCUGGUAUCGGCUGCCUGAACAAGAGCAAUGCGGGGUUGCUCUGCUGGGUGGAUAUGAGGCACCUUCUCAGCUCCAACACGUUCGAAGCAGAAAUGGAGUUCCGGAAGAGAAUAGUUUAUGAUGUCAAGUUAAAUAUCUCUGCGGGUUCUUCAUGUCAUUGCACGGAGCCAGGCUGGUUUCGAGUGUGCUUCGCUAACAUGUCCGAAGAAACUCUGAGGGUCGCCAUGCAACGGAUGAAGGUUUUUGUGGAGUCCAUCUCCCAUGUCUGCAGUCAGAGCAAUCAUCAAGCUUUGAAUAACUCAAGACGGCAGAGGCCGCUCACCAAGUGGGUUUUCCGGCUACCUUUCCAACAUGACCGUGAGCCGGAGGGACGGUAGUCUGGCAGACGUCAUCAUGUGAAUCAUUGUCACGUGUGAAGACAUUGUUAUACUUGAUUGUUCAAUAUUAAUAGAAAACAGCCAACGAA